AUGGCAAAGACAUCGCCAGACUCGCCCCCGCCGGAGCAGUCGCUCUCCGCGGACCCUCACGAGACGGAUCCUGCGCUGCUGCGGCAUCACUCGCACAUAAAGUCUUACAAGGCGAGCCGGUUCGAGUAUCCCGAGAUCCGCGUCUUCCAUCGCCAGCACGUCAAGGCCGACCAGCUGCCCAGGAAGCCGGCGCCGCUGCCCUUGCUGGUGUGCGUUCCGGGGCUGGGAGGCUCCGUCGCGCAGUUUUACCCGCUGCUGAGGAGCUUGAUUGAUCUGGCGCCGUGUCUGGCAAUUGACUGGCCCGGUGGCGGGAGGUCCAAGUUUGCGCCGACGCAAUGGGAGGCGUACACUUCGGAGGCGCUGAUGGAGCUGUUGGAGGUGAUUAUUGAGGACCAUCGCGACAAGGAGCAUGACCAAGGCGUGGUGUUGAUCGGGCACAGCAUGGGAACUGCACUGUCGGCUGGCUUGGCGAAUAAGAAGCUCCCGCACAAGACGGCGCUUGCCAAGCACAUUGUCGGCCUGGUGGCGAUUUGCCCUGUAUCUGGGCCGAUGGAGGAAGCGAAAGCAACAAUGAUCAAGAGGCUCUUCUGGAUCCCCGGCUGGAUCUUUGCACUGUGGCGUGCGUGGGAUGCCAGGGGAGGACUCAACAGCACGAGCGUCUCACGUUUCGUGGGAGACGGCGCGCCUACCGAGCUGAGGCUCAUGCAGUAUCGAUACAACAAACAGAGCAAAACACCGGUGUGGAGGCGGAUGGCAUACGGCGCCUUGCCGACUCGGUUCCAGGAUGGCAAGGCUGUCGGAGGCAUUCCUGGACUUGAUGCUUGGGCUGGCCUCGACAUCCCCGUCUUUCUCAUCGGCGGCGAAAAGGACAAUGUGACGUCGCCCAAGGAGAUUGACAAGAUUGCAGGGGCGUUUCACUCGGUGGAUGAUGCCGCGGUGUCGGAUGGGAAUGAGCAAGCACCAGAUGCUUUAGGACCAGAUUCGCCCGAGUCUUUGAGCGGCUCAACCCAGCUCGAUGCGAAUACCAACGGCAACGGCUUGACGGCAGAAGAUGCCGACGACACCGACUCUGACGAGAGUGGCCGCAACAGUCCCUCAACACCAGUCGAAUACCCGCCAGACCUACCACCUCAGUCGCAACACCCCAUGAGAGCCCUGCGGUCCAUCGUCCUCAACGGCUCAGCUAACCACACCCUCCUCUACUCCCCGCGCACCGUCCGAGCUCUCGCCGGCCUCGUGUCGGACUUUCUCGCCGAACACAUCACUCAGCGCCUUUCGCUCGCCUGGCAGCUCCAGCACCUCUCGCGCGAGGGCAAAUGGGACGUCAAGAACCUCAUCAAGUGGCAGGGCGUCAAGCCCGUCUCCGAACCCAUCGGGCCUCCUGGCAAGCCCAUCUUUCGUGUUAUCAAGACGCUCCGCGAAGUAGACGAUGUGCACUGCCCGACGGCAUUUGCCGAUAACUGGGGUAACAUCAUCAAAGACGUCAUUGACAUCUCCAAGGACCAACCUGUUUACGACCCGCGCGGUCUUGAGCGCCGCGGUAUUCAUUACCACAAAUUCCCUACAGUGUCGAAAAUCCCGCCUGACGGAGAUACAGUCGACCAAUUCAUCAAACUGGUCGAUUCCGUCCGCGAAGCCCAGCGUGAGCGCGCCGUAGCAGAAGGGUGGGCUGAUCCGGAGCAGUGCGUCGUGGGCGUUCACUGCCAUUACGGAUACAACAGAUCGGGGUACUUUGUCGUGUGCUAUCUGGUGGAGAAGUGCGGGUUUGCGUUGGCGGAUGCGAUUGAGGCGUUUAAGACGGCGAGGCCGAAUGGGAUUCGGCACUCGCACUUUUUGGAUAAGUUGUAUAUGCGGUAUAAUCUCGAGGAGAGGGCCGUUGAGAACUGA